UUUUUCCGUUUUUGAUCCGUAUUUUGUGGCGCACUUCGAGAAAGGAGCGAAAAUUAGAAAAGGGACGCUGUCUCUCACUGAAAGAAGGGAAAAGGAGAGAGGAGAAAGAUAAAGACGAGAAGGAAUCGGUAGUUGAACCGCCCGCGAUGGGAUACCAGCAGACGAGCCCCCCUUCGUCCCCUUCUUCAGGGCGGAACAAGGGUCGCCGCCCCACCAGCCUGGCCGUGGGCGCCUCUCCUCCCGCCGCCUCCUCGAAGGCGUCGCCCACGGGGGGAGCGCGCGCCCCUCCGAGUCCCACGCCGAGCAAGGCUUCCCCGUCCCGCUCCUCGCCGCCCAAGAGGACCGGCAGCAUCGGCAAGGGGUCGGCGUCCCCCGCCAAGCCUACGACCAAGACCCAGGGCCCCACGCUGGCGACGGAGGCGCGGAGCAAGGUGCGCCCCUGCGGAUGCUCACGACGCCACGGCGGGGGAGGGCACCACCACGCGUCGCCCGAGCCCCCCAAGGAGCGCGUCAAGAAGCAGCCGAAGACCCCCUCCUCCCCCCCAGCGAGGCCCUCCGUUGACCCCGCCCCCGAGGUCAAGCUCCAGCAGGAAGAUCCUCCGUCGCCAGAGGUCGCGAGUGUGGAGGACGCGAAGGGUGCGAAUAGGUACGUCAGCACUCUGGUAUGGGUUCCCCGUAUGCAUCCAGAAAAGUUUUCCACCACCUUGAUUGUUUCACCCGAGGAAGCCACUUUCACCGAUGCUAUUUACAUCAAGCCAAGAUACCAAGAGCUGCUGCAACGAGGAACACCUUUAUCAUCAAGGCGAAACUGUGACUUCUUACAGCAGUCAAUUCAACGGCAAUCACAUGGCCUCCUCUGUCCACUUCACUCCUAUGGCCGUCUCAUAAAAUCUCUCUGAGGUCUCACUUUUUUUCAAUGAACAGGAUUUAAUGAAUUUAGGAUUAUUGUGUAAAAAUGGA